CUCCAACCAUAUAUAAAAUGUCCACCCACCAACAUAGAAAACUCACUUUCUUUAUGCUCUAGUUCCUCCUCCAAAUUAUGAUCCUUGUUGUUCUACUACAAAAGAGAGAGAGAGGAGAAGUUAGCAUAGACUGAAAAUGGGUAUCUGCUUUGGAUCUCCUGCAAGUCAACCCAACACCAUCACACCAUCAACUCCAGGGACAAGUGAGAAUCAAAGCCGGAACAGAGUUUCACAGACGAGCAGCAGCACAGGAAGAAGUCAAUUUUCUCAUCUCUCAGAAGCAACAACAUCGACACUCAGCCCAAGAUAUGAUGAUGAUCAGGAGUCAGCAGAUGGUGAAAUAUUGGAGACAUCAACUUUGAGAGUCUUCAGUUUUGCAGACAUGAAAUCUGCUACCAAAAAUUUCAAGUCAGAUCAGAUUCUGGGUGAGGGAGGAUUUGGAAGAGUUUUCAAAGGUUGGGUGGAUGAGAAAACUCUCCAACCCUGUAAGGCUGGCUCUGGAAUGAUGGUUGCUGUCAAGAAAUUGAACCCAGAAAGUAUGCAAGGCUUUCAAGAAUGGCAGGCAGAAGUGAACUUUCUGGGAAGGCUUUCUCAUCCCAACCUUGUCAAGCUAUUGGGAUACUGUUGGGAAGAAAAGGAGCUUCUCCUUGUUUAUGAGUUCAUGCAGAAAGGUAGCUUGGAGAAUCAUCUUUUCAGAAGAAAUCCUAACAUUGAACCACUAUCUUGGGACGUCAGAAUCAGAAUAGCCAUUGGAGCUGCUCGAGGCCUGGCAUUUUUGCACAGUUCAGAAAAGCAAAUCAUAUAUAGAGAUUUCAAGGCCUCAAAUAUAUUGCUUGAUGGGAAUUAUAUUGCAAAAAUCUCUGAUUUUGGCUUGGCUAAAUUAGGACCAACUGGUGGAGACACACAUGUGUCAACUAGGGUUAUGGGGACAUAUGGCUAUGCUGCUCCAGAAUACAUUGCAACAGGUCAUUUAUAUGUGAAGAGCGAUGUGUAUGGUUUCGGUGUUGUCCUGCUUGAAAUUUUGACAGGGUUACGAGCACUCGAUACAAAACGCCCCAAGGAGCAACUCAAUUUGGUAGACUGGGCUAAACCACUUCUCCCUCAUAGAAGAAAGUUAAAAACCAUUAUGGAUGCAAGGAUGGAGGGUCAAUAUUCCUUCAAGGCAGCAUUACAGACAGCAAAUAUUACUCUAAAAUGCCUGGCGCCUGAUCCUAGAAGCCGACCUUCCAUGAAAGAAGUCUUGGAAGAACUGGAACAGGUUCAGGCAAUCAGGGAAAAACCGAAGCCAUUGUCAUUAAUUUCCCCUCGGCGAACUACUUCUAGUCCUCGAUCGUAUGUACUUCAAGAACCUCCUCGUGGCUCUCCCCUCAACUCCAGGUACCAAGCCACGAGAUGAAAAUGCCAAUAAGGCACUUGACACGAACAAGAAUUAAGGUUGGAUCUUGCAAAUUGUAUCUUCAAACAUUGAGAUUAAUUAGAAUCUUAGGACAAUCAGUCACCUUUUGUUCUUUAAUUUCCAUGUUGAUUUUUUAUUUUUUAUAGCCAGUGCUUUAAUUCUUAACAAAUUUUGUUCAUGUAGACAUCAAUUCUGCUGAAUGUAAUAUUCUAUAGACAACACAGCUCUCAACUUUUCUA